AUGGAAGAGAAACACCAAACCAGUUCUUCAUCCGACAGCAUCCAUAAUGAUAAGGAAUACUAUACCGGCGAUGUUGCUUCGAUCGAGCAGCAAGAAUCAGUCGAGAAAAAGGAACCUUACAAGCUGAAACGCACACUUAAGGCUCGGCAUUUAUCGAUGAUCUCGUUGGGUGGCGUCAUUGGUCAAGGCUUGUUCUUGUCGGCUGGUGGCAACCUGUAUCAAGGAGGCCCUGCUGGUGCAUUAAUUGCUUAUGCUAUCAUUGGCUUCAUUGUCUUUUGGGUUGCAUACUCGCUAGGUGAAAUGGCUACUUAUAUCCCGGUUUCUGGAUCAUUUACUAUCUUCGCCCGACGCUUUGUGGAUCAUUCAUUCGGUGCAAUGAUCGGUUACAAUUACUGGGCUUGUUGGGCUAUUGUUGUCGCAGCUGAAUUAGUGGCUUUACCGCUUGUCAUGACAUUUUGGACCACGGUAGUACCUGACUGGGCAUGGUCUCUCAUGUGGCUCGUUAUUAUCUUUAUCCUUAAUCUUUUCGGUGCUCGUGGAUAUGGUGAAGCUGAAUACUGGUUCAGUAUGAUCAAGGUUUUGACCAUCAUCAUUUUUAUCAUUGUUGGUGCUUUCAUCUCGGGCGGUGUGAUUGGUGACGAAGUUUACGGCUUCAAGUAUUGGGAAAAUGGCGGUGCCUUUCCCCAUGGUGCUCUUGGCGUGGUCAACUCGUUUGUCUUGGCAUCCUUUAGUAUGAUGGGCACUGAAAUCAUUGGUAUCACUGCUGGUGAAUGUAGUAACCCUCUCAAGCAAGUUCCACGUGCCAUUAAGAACGUUGUUUGGCGUAUCGUCAUCUUCUAUCUUUGCUCAGUCUUUAUCAUGGGCCAAAUCAUUCCUUGGGAUGACAAGCACAAUCUUAACAAGGACAGCCAAGACGCAACCGUAUCACCUUUCACUCUUGUCUUUGAGAAGGGAAGCUUGGAUGCCGUGGCACAAAUUAUGAACGUUGUCAUCUUGAUCACUGUGUUGUCUUGUGCUAAUAGCGGUUUGUAUGUAUCCACGCGUACAUUGUGUGCACUUGCAGAGGAAGGCAUUGCAUGGAAGCGACUUGGCUACAUUAAUCGAUGGGGUGUGCCCAUUUAUGCAUUGACAUGCUCAGCUCUCGUGAGCGUCGUUACCUUUGUUACUUCACUUAUUCCCGGUAAAGCACUGUAUUCGGUGCUUACCAGCUUAUCUGGUGUUGCUGGAUUUGUCACAUGGGCAGGUAUUGCUCUUUCCCAUUACCGGUUCCGCUUAGCUUUCAAGGCACAAAACAAGGACUUUUCCAUUAUUCCCAUCCGUGCCCCAUAUCAUCCUUUCGGAGAUCUCUUUGUCAUGGUUGCAUGCUGUGUCAUUGCAUUGAUGACCGGCUAUUCAUACUUUUAUCCCCCAGACCCCGUUGGCCUUGUGGGUAACUAUGCUGGUAUUAUCCUGUGUGCAAUUGGUUGGGCUAUCACCAAAUGGUGGACCAAGUCAAAAAUGAUUCCUCCCGCUGAAAUUGAUGUCGACACGGGUGUAUCAGACCAAAUCGGCAAGCAAGAAGAAGAAAAGACUGAUAUCACCGGCAACUUCUUCCAACGGAUGUGGAAGCGCCUCCUUAUUAUCUUUACUUAA